UUCUAGAUGUCACUACUUUCGACUAAAGCAUCGUUUCAUGUUGAAUGGUUAGAAUUGUUAAUUGAUACCGAUUAUAUUUUGGUAUUAAAUAGUUAACUAGAUUAAAAUUAAAUUGUGCGGUUAAGUAAAACGUGUAACAAAAUGACGACGGAAACUAAAUCUUUCGCUGAAAUUUUUCAGUCAUUCCAAAAACACAUUGACACUGAACAGGAUCUUCGUGAGGAGAUUCGGUUAAUUGUCCGUGACCAAGAACAAACUGCUAGAAGAAUUCUAACUGUAUUACAAGGUGUGCAUCAACCAGAAGGACUCAGAGAAAUACCAGCUAUAUGUGAAAAAGCUAGAAUAUUGUUUGAAGAUGUUAGAAAACACUUUAAAGAACUGAAGUCUAAGGUUCCUUCAGAUCAGUACUACAAAUUUCAUGAUCAUUGGAGAUUUGUUAGUCAAAGGCUGACUUUUGUAGCAGCCUUGACUGUCUACCUUGAGACAGAGUCUUUGAUAGAAAGGGAACAAGCAGCAGAGAUGCUAGGAGUUGAGGUUGAUAGAACGCAAGGAUUCCACCUAGAUUUGGAAGAUUUUUUGAUGGGACUUUUGUAUCUAGCAGAUGAACUGGCUAGAUUUGCUGUCAACAGUGUUACAGCAGGAGAUUACAAUCGUCCUACCAGAUUAGCACACUUCAUGUCACAGCUGGACUUGGGCUUUCGUCUACUCAAUUUGAAGAAUGACUCCCUUCGAAAAAAGUUUGACUCUCUUAAGUAUAAUCUCAAGAAGAUUGAGGAGGUAAUUUAUGAUCUUUCUAUACGUGGUUUGAAACCCCAGAUUGACCCAGUUACUGCUGUUGAAGAAAACAGUCGUGAAGAUGCUGUAGGCACAUAAUCUGAGAAGAUUCACGCAUCUUUUAUUUUUUAAUGCUUUUUCUAUUCAAAGAUUGUAUUAUUUUUGUUAUUCAGCAGGGUCAGGAGUGACUUAAAUUAAUAUUAUAAAUGUUUUGCCAUUUUUUUUCUACCAUCGCGUAAUUGUGGAUAGUGUUGUAUUUCUUUGAAACGGUUAACAUCAGAACUGUACAAAAUGCUAAACUAUGUGAAUCGUCAUGAAUAAAAAUGUUUAUCUUAA